AUGACUGCUCUAUUGGAAGAUAUUUUUGACGUCAAGGACAUUGACAAAGAUGGAAAAAAGUUUGAUGGAGUAUCUCGUAUAUUCGGCGAAAGCGAGUCCUUUAAAAUGGGUCUCAUUCUUGAUAUCAAUUCCCAUAUUUACCCAAUGAUCAAGGGAGACAAGUUUCGACUGGUGUUGACUAAAUCCUUGCUAAAUGGUGUUGGACCUGAAGUCGGUGACGCCGAUGACGACGAAGAUGCUACUGAGGUAUUAGAUGGCCGUUUAGAUGAGAGCAAAAUGGCCGAAUUCGAUUAUGUUUGUUAUGGGAAGAUUUAUCGUGUUGAGAGUCAAGACGGAUCCGAGGAUUGCAGCAGACUUGCAUGCUACGUUUCCUUUGGGGGCUUGUUAAUGCGGCUUACCGGGGAUGCAAGUAAUCUUGAGGGAUUUCGUGUCGGUAAACACUUAUAUUUAAUGAUGAAGAAACUCGCAUUUUGA